AUGGGCACUGCCUUCCCUAGUAUCUUCAUGGCAAGACCGAAGGGUGAAGGGUUAACCCCCUACCAAGGCAAAAAGAGGUGUUUCGGCGAGUACAAAUGUCCCAAGUGUAAACGCAAGUGGAUGAGUGGGAACAGUUGGGCCAACAUGGGUCAGGAAUGCAUCAAAUGUCACAUCAACGUUUAUCCACACAAGCAGCGCCCUCUCGAGAAACCAGAUGGACUCGACGUCUCGGACCAGAGCAAGGAACACCCCCAGCACCUGUGCGAGAAGUGUAAGUCGCUUGGUUACUACUGCCGACGGGUGCAGUGAGGUGGCUUUACGACUGACCGAUGCGAUCGAUGACCAUUUCAUCUCGUCCAAUCAAGAAGGAAAACAGCGUACUUCUGGAGAAAGAUUCAACCCUUAAUCUAAUAACAAGAGACACUGUCCCCUUUUCUUUUCUGUAAUCCUUGUGAUCUUUUAAGUUUUAAAAAUGGACUUGGACAUAGUUGCUAAGUUUCUAAGUUUCUUUCAUUCCCGUCUCUCUUUUUGCUUUCCAUACUUAAUAUCCUAUUUGAUUUUAAUUGACCUAAUGUGAAAAUACAUGUUUUCUUUUCAAUUAUGCAUACCAGCUUAAAUGCAAUCAUUCAUUUUUUUUUGUGUUCAGAUAUUUGUCUUUGUUUAUGCCCUGCGCUGUCCAGCCAUUUGCCAAAAAAAAAAUUAGUGACAAGUGAAAGCCAAAGUGAUGGGUUUUAUUAGUCUUUAAUCAUGCAGGAAUAAAUCAUACAAACUAAUCAUGCAGGUACCUUGAGUAUUAGAAGGGAACAGUAAGAAAUGCAUGUAUACUGGUAUGGACAUAAUCAUACUUUGAAUAUUAGAAUGGUAUACAUGUAGUUCUUUUGAAGUGGAGGCUGAAAUCUUGGGGAUUAUUUCAUUGACGUGAUGCAAAACGUAUCGCAGAAGAUGAAGAGAAUCCAGGUGUUUCUUAAAGCUGUUCGUAGGUUAUGAACAACUUUGGGUGUUACAGCUAAUUUAAAUUGCCUUCUACGAAUAGCCUGAUGGCUAUGCCCUACCUCCGUAGGGAAGGUGGCCCUAGUUUACUUAGGUAUCUGCCAAAGGGCAACGUAUACAUGUUUCCACUGGGAACUACUCCGUACAGGUCCGUACAGGUCGUGGGUCAGAUCAUCAAAGUUAGAACUUCGUAACAGCUCACCUGUCUAACUUGCAGAAUCUUCAAUUUCACACAGGUGGUUUUGAAGUCAUGAUGUGAAAUCAUGUUUUAUGCAGAUUCUACGUUUAUUAUUGCGCUCGGUUCUGUGACUAUAUGUUGACAGGUAAAAUAAUGGCUGCACACGUGGCGCUGCAGUCGUGCUUCUUCCUCAGCUUACAGCAUGAAUGGGUCCACCGUAAAGAAUUAAUGAGCCCACCAUUUAUGUGAAUUGAUUUACAUUAGGUCUGCAUUAAUUGUUUAACGCUUUCUCAUCAUACUUGCUGAUGUAAUUAAUGGACGAAUCUGUAUACAACAUGUUUUCACACCAUGGAUUCCAAACCAUGCACCUUUGUGAAUUUAGACCAAAUGUUGCUAGUCUUUGUUGCACUAGCUCUACAAGCUUAAACUGUAUACUAAUCUUUAAAGCGAAAUGGAGACUGCAGGUAUAUCUUUGUUCAUGCAAGCGAUGCGUCUGAUUUGGCGAGACACAGACAGUGGAGCACCAUCUGCAUAAAUCAUCCUAGCUCUCUUUAGCAAUUGUUUUUGUAUGAUCGACGGUGCAGAUUUUUCAUCCAAAAACGCAGCCACUAUAUAUUUGUCGAUAAAAUGAUUAAAGCGAAACGUGAAGGCAGAGGCAGUGGCCGCUCCACAGACACUGUUUGAAGUUUGCAGCAUCGGAUGCAACGCUUAGCGUAAGCUGUACGUCUAAUGCUGCAGAUUAUAGACUUGCUCUUUACAUACCCCUGUCACAUAUUGGCAUCUCAUAAUACAUACCUAAACACUGUCACCUAUCAGAAAAAAAACGAACAAAAGUAAUUCAUAAACUUAGAAAUGAGAUCUAGUCUUAGCCUUUCUAUGUAUGUGGCUGACUAUUGUGUGAUUAUUGUUGAUUUAGAAUAUUUUUUGUCUUCAGAUCUUCAUCAUUUAUGAUUUAUUUUAAAUAUAUGCAGAAAUAGUUAUAUUUGUGUAUAAAAUAUCCAACCUCUAAAAACUGUCCAGUUGAAAGACCAAUGGGGUGUUGCAAGAAACCUGCAAUCAAUUGCAAGCGUAUAUUGGUCCCUAAAUCAAUCAUAUGUCUUACAAUUAAUUAAUCAACUAAAAUUGAUCUAUUAAUUGUAAAAUUGCAACAUAUUUUUUUUAAUUUGCAAUUGAUAGCAAAUAUUUUCUUGAAACACCCCCUAGCUCACAAUUCUAGCAUUUCCGGAUAGUGUGAUGAUCUUUGUUUCUCUCUCAUAAACAGAAGUUGUCUUCAGUACUUUUGCAAUGGCAUGUUCUCUGCCCCUCUUAUUUUGCUCUGUGCCAGUACUUAAUAGUUGAGUUACUACAGGAAUCUUACAAAUAGACUCUCUACUCUCAUUUCGUUUUAAAAGAUGACUCUAUGACAAAAAAAUCAAAUGAAUAAUUUACUCCUCCAAAGGAGUGAAUACAAAAUUUCCUAGAUUAAGAGUGACCUUCACGUGUUGUUGAGUGAACUUCACCCUUUUUUAAGUUGAAUUUGUAUCGAAAUCAUAUGUUCACUCUAUAUUCACUCAUUUAUUUUAAAGAGAGUAUGUGUAUCAGUGAUGUUACAAAAUAUUUGUGUUUAGUCUCUAUUUGGUAUCAUCUAUUGCCCUUCAAACUGGCAGCUUGUUGAGGAUCUCACUUCAAAGGCACUGCUCCAGCUGGAUAUGAAAUUUGAAUUAUAAAACAUUUUGGUCAUCUGAUCAAAUGAUUGCAACUUCACAAUACUAUGAAGCAAGAAUUAAAAAAAUGCUUCAGAAUAACGAGUGCCAGCUAUUUUAUUCCUUAGAAUACCUGAGAAUUCAAAUAAUCUGCUUUGAAUUAAAGUUCAUAUCUGAUUUCAAGAAAAAUUAUGUAUUUGUUGUCACCCUCAGAUAUUUUUUAGUCUGACAGGUAUUUAAUGUACUUGUGGUUUUCUUUCACUAAUCAAACAUAUAACAAAAAAUCACAAAAAUCUUAUUAAAUCAGAGAAACAACCUAUAAUUGUUUUCCAUAGAAUGCCUUUUAUGAAGUCACAGCUGUAAUGAUACAAUAUUAUCUUGAUUAGUUUUCAGUAUUCUGUAUCAGUAUUGUUAUUCUUGCUUGUCGUACAAAACUUUAAAAAAAAACAUCACCGAUGUGAAUUCGGCACUUAUUCAAUGAGCAUGCAUUUUUCCCUGUAACCUAUUUUUUGGUAGUGGAGUCCCGCUACAUAGAAAGACACCUAGGCCACAUAAUAUGAAGCUUAGUCAUUGAUUGCAUGUUUGAUUUUAAUGAGUAAUUGUACAUUGUAGUCAAUGCAAUCAGUCAUAAAAAUUGUUCUUCAAUCAAUUUCUAAGCUUUGUGUUAAUGCCUCAGAGUUUAUUGUAACACAGUAUCCAGAUGAAUGUAACAACUGCCAAAGAGGAUUAGAUAUGCCUCCUUCUUUUUUUUUUCUAUUCAAGCAUUAAAAAAAAAACCUGGCUGAAAAAUAAUGGAUCUUAUGUAUAUUUAGAUUAAAAAGAUUGUACAUGUUGGGUGUUCACUUUUAUGCAAAUUUUAUCAACAAGUUGUGGAUUUAUAUAUUUGUCAUACCUUAAAUGGGUUUUUUUUAUUGUUCAUGUUUAAAGCUUAUGAAAGCCUAGUAUGUUACCCACAAGUUGUAAAUAUAUAUAGUUUCUGACUAAAGAUGUGUACUAUUAAUAUCUUUGUUCAGUUUUGUAUAUUUGUUGGACAGAGAAAAAGCUGUUAUUAUAUAAGAAACCGAGCACAAAAUAAACAUUGUAAUUGCAGUGGAAUUCCUAAUCAUCAACCAAAUGCAAGAUAUACUAAAUUAAUACCGGAGGAGUGGUUGAGAAAAUGAUGCAUUUCAUAGCAAGAUGAGAUUGGUGCCUCAAUUCUCUACAAAUUUGACAUUAAAAUACAAUUAAUCAUGCUUUCAGAGAAACUCGAUUAGUCAGUAUUUAAAAAAAAAUCUGAAUUGUAAAAGGAAUCCAAUGAUUCUCUGAGCUAUCUCAUAAAUUAAUCAUGUAAUAGGAAAUGAAUUUUCUUCAGAUAAUUGCGAUCAUGAGACAAAUUUUUUGCAUUAUU